AUGUCACCAUCUUCUCCUACCCAAUCCCACCCCGACACUGUACACCGACUCAGCAGAUCAACACGGUUUCUGAUUCCAGCUAGGAUCCACGUCACACUGAUCCCGCGUAUUUCAAUGUCAAAAUUCCAGCUUCCGGAAGAAGUAGACGGUGGUUAUGUGUCGACUGAGGAUGGUUGCAGGACGCCGAAACAAAGUGGGUGUAGGAUUCCGGCGACAUGCCCUCCAGCGCCGAGGAAGAAACAGGCGUAUUUGAAGCAGAGGAGCCCGCCGGAAAAUGGAUAUUUUCAGCCACCUGAUCUCGAGAUUCUGUUUGCGAUGCCACCCACACCCAUACGAGAAGCUUGCAUUUGA